GUGUGGACGAGACGUUCUUUGCGUGCGUGGCGGAGGAGGAAAACGGGGUCGUGCUCUGCGUAAGGUUCCGUCGGGGGAUAAAGGAGACGACGGCUCGGACGAGGAGGAUCGCGGGAAGAAGAAGAAGAAGAAGGGGGAGGAGGAGGGUUUGAAAUUGCUCGCGCGUGCUUCCAAGGCCGUGUUGUUCGAGACGUCUCUGGCGACGAAGUCACGGAAGAAGAAAAGCGCGAAGAACUCGCUCAAAUCGAUCAGCAAUCUGUCCAUGGAAGCUGAUAGAAUUCUGAAGUCAAUGGAUCAGAAUUCCGGCAGCAGAGUUUCGGACAACGACAAGGCCCGAACGACCGAGUCCGGUGUCACUUCAUCUUCGCAUUCCUCUGCAGCUGGAACCGUUUUGCCUUCCCUGAGGUCUUUGCGAUCUUCGAGCAUGAAUUCUUCGCUGAGAAGGAGGAGGCAGUCGUCGACCCGAUCUAGUCCUUUCAACUCGAAGCAGAUUCAAUCGAGCGCUGUAGAGGACGGCAAAGAGCGGCCUCCUCCGCCUUCCGAGAACUCCACUAUCUGCCUGCUUCUGCUGACCCUUUUGGUGCUGGUAAUGUGGGGCAAGGUCUGCGCCAUCGUUUGCACUUCGAUCUGGCUGCUCGUCGUGUCGCGGUGAGGCAUAAUCAAGUGCGCAAAGUCCCCGUUGGACGUCGACGAUGAUCGGUCCAACGUGGAUUCUGCGGAGUAUAAGAAGAAGAUCAUCCCUCUCGCUUCUGGUUUGCUCUAUUUCUUUCGCUCGUAUUUCUUAGCUAAACCUGCAAU